AUGCCUCUCGAAAAUCGACUGCGCCGCAUACCCCUUAGCAAGCGAAAUCAGCGUGUCGUGCGGGCUCUUAACCCAAUGUUGGUGACCUAUUUGGAAGCCAGCUGGGACCUUUGCGAGACGGACUCAAUUCUUUUUGACGCCGCACUGGCAGUAUGCCGUAUUAUUGGCGCAAACUUCCCAUGGCUGGACGUGCUACUCGACAAAGUAGCGCCAUCCGAGUCUGGAGAAAAAUAA